GCACACGCAGCACACAGCACCACAACUCAGCAACUUGCACACACAGAAACACAGAUCAUGUCGCGGCUCAAAGACAAGCACCUCGAGUUCAAGACCAGCAAGGAGGUCGAGGUUGUGCCCACUUUUGAUGCGCUCGGUCUGCGCGAGGACCUUCUGCGCGGCAUCUACGCAUAUGGCUUUGAGCGCCCAUCUGCUAUCCAGCAGCGUGCCAUCAAGCCAAUCACCAAGGGCCGCGACGUCAUUGCCCAGGCCCAGUCUGGUACGGGUAAGACGGCCACGUUCUCCAUCUCCGCGCUGCAGGCCAUCGACACCACAACAAGGGAGACGCAGGUGCUGGUGCUCUCGCCCACGCGCGAGCUUGCCGUGCAGAUCCAGAAGGUUGUGCUUGCACUCGGUGACUACAUGAGCGUCCAGUGCCACGCGUGCAUUGGCGGCCAGAGCAUUGGCGAGGACAUUCGCAAGCUCGACUAUGGCCAGCACAUUGUGUCCGGUACCCCUGGUCGCGUCUUUGACAUGAUCCAGCGCCGCAACCUCCGCACGCGCUCCAUCAAGAUGCUCAUCCUCGAUGAGGCCGACGAGAUGCUCAACGAAGGCUUCAAGGAGCAGAUUUACGACAUCUACCGCUAUCUCCCGCCAGCAACGCAGGUUGUGCUGGUCAGCGCCACCCUGCCGCAUGAGGUGCUCGAGAUGACAACCAAGUUCAUGACAGACCCCGUCCGCGUCCUCGUCAAGCGUGAUGAGCUGACGCUUGAAGGCAUCAAGCAGUUUUUCGUUGCCGUUGAGCGCGAAGAAUGGAAGUUUGACACACUCUGCGACCUCUACGACACACUCACCAUCACACAGGCUGUCAUCUUCUGCAACACGCGCCGCAAGGUCGACUGGCUCACUGAGAAGAUGAAGGAGGCAAACUUCACCGUCUCCUCCAUGCACGGCGACAUGCCGCAGAAGAAGCGCAAUGAGAUUAUGCAGGAGUUCCGGUCCGGCGCCACCCGCGUCCUCAUCACCACCGACGUCUGGGCCCGCGGCCUCGAUGUCCAGCAGGUGUCGCUCGUCAUCAACUACGACCUCCCCAACAACCGCGAGCUCUACAUUCACCGACCUCGCAGCUCGGGCCGCCUGGUACCCACACGCAUUCUGUUUCCCGGUCUAGCUCCGUGA